ACUGAAGACGGCACCGCGGCCAGUGAUCGUGGAGCGAGAACGUGUCCAGGAAAUAAUUGUUUUAUUUUCACUUGUUUUUUUUUCUUUCGCGGGAUUGUGGAAUUGUGAUUGGUGAUGAAUGUUACCAAAUUGAUCUCCGUCUCAGUGAUGAUUUAACGUCAUACUGUUCGGUAAUUUGAGGGGUCAAUGAUGGUGACUGUUGGAUAAGCGCGGUUGUGUGAAGUUCGUGAUGAGCAGCUUUGGCCUAGAACCCCACCAGUCAAGACCGCAAGAGAGCCUCGGUGCUUGGCACCUCACCAAAACUCGGCCAAGUAUCUUGUUCCACGCUUGAUAACACACAGAUUGUGGCCUCUAAAUGUUCCCAACUGCUGCUGCUGCUGUUCUGCUACUGUUGCUGCUUGCAUUCCUGCUACUGCUGCUGCUGCUUGUAUUCCAUCUGCAGCUUCAGCGACACAAGAGAGGGAGGGGUGCCCACAGGGUCGGCAUGCGGUACAAGGAAAUAUUAGUCACAUCGUCGACCGUGGCCAGCUGCUCUGCUGGUCUCCUGUCAUGACUGCGAAACUGCCAUACGUCGCCAUAUUCGUGCUGGUCCUGCUCUUUGUGGUCUCAGCAAUGGGGGGCAGUGCCGACCGGUAUCGGUACUUCGCCUCAGCCACCAACCCCGGCGUCUGCCUCUCCUUCAAGUACAACAACAACCUCACCGACUGCUGUAAUGGUGAUGAUCACCUCCAAAGGUUCUACGUGACAAAGACCAACCGAUCAACAGGGGUCUUCCACACCAAGGACCUCAACAAACUCCUCUGCUAUGACGUGAAGAAGGGCAAGUUCAAGCUGGUGAAGAGGAAAACCCUGCGAGUGAGUCAGUGUCGCCACAUGCGCAGCAGACGACGCCACCGCCGAGGGGUCAAGAGUAACUUCAUCAGGUCUCCCGUGUGUCCCUUCAACAACACCGACCUCAAGAUCCUGCACAAGCCCCGAGACGCCCUACGGUGCGUCCUCCACGAGACGCUGGGCGGCUCCGGCUACACCUACAUCUCGGUGGAGGAGAACGCCAAGUACCUGGCGGUCCGGGGCCGGCGGGUGCAGAAGCACCUCAAGAAGAAGGGCGUAAGACGGGAACCCAAGGAGAAGAACAGACAGUUCAUGGUGAUGAGUGAGGGCAACAUGGCCAAGAUCAGCAACAAGCCGUGCAAGAGCUGAGAGGCUCAGGACGCUGUUUCAGUGAUAAACUUGUAAACAAAGACCUUCCGCGGUGGCCUAUUGACGGGGUCAAAUUCCGCCCCCAGGGCGUAGAGAAUUAGGGGGGGAUACAGGGACUGAUUACCCCUUCUCUCCCCUCUCCCUUCCCCCCAAUCUGUUGUUGCUUCCCCUCCCCCAACACCUCUCCCCCCAAUCUGGUGUUCAGUGCCCCCACCUCCCCCACCCCCGUCUCAGACUCCUUCCCCCCCCCCUACCCUUCCCCUCGAGAGGGGAAGAGGUGCAGGCCAUUCAGCCUUCCUAACCUACAGGUGAAUGAGGGAAACUGCUCCAGGAGGUAGGUGCCUCCUGUUGUAGCUGGGUAUAGGUGGGUUGGGUGCAGUGAACGAGAGGGUUGGAGGGUGAGGUCUUUCACUCUCGCUCUCACCAUCUUCGGGUUCCCCUCAGUGCACCACCUGGUGACCUAACGGAAGAAACGCUAACCUCAGUUGAAGUGUUAAUGAUUUAAGUUCAUGAAUUGGCCACCAACUCGAAGCACCGAUGAUCUCAUCUAUGAGGCACCAGCGGCCUGCAUGAGGCACCAGCGGCCUGCAUGAGGCACCAGCGGCCUGCAUGAGGCACCAGCGGCCUGCAUGAGGCACCAGCAGCCUGCAUGAGGCACCAGCGGCCUUCAUGAGGCACCAGCGGCCUGCAUGAGGCACCAGCGGCCUGCAUGAGGCACCAGCGGCCUGCAUGAGGCACCAGCGGCCUGCAUGAGGCACCAGCGGCCUGCAUGAGGCACCAGCGGCCUGCAUGAGGCACCAGCGGCCUGCAUGAGGCACCAGCGGCCUGCAUGAGGCACCAGCGGCCUGCAUGAGGCACCAGCGGCCUGCAUGAGGCACCAGCGGCCUGCAUGAGGCACCAGCAGCCUGCAUGAGGCACCAGCGGCCUGCAUGAGGCACCAGCGGCCUGCAUGAGGCACCAGCGGCCUGCAUGAGGCACCAGCGGCCUGCAUGAGGCACCAGCAGCCUGCAUGAGGCACCAGCGGCCUGCAUGAGGCACCAGCGGCCUGCAUGAGGCACCAGCGGCCUGCAUGAGGCACCAGCAGCCUGCAUGAGGCACCAGCAGCCUACAUGGAGGCACCAGCGGCCUGCAUGAGGCACCAGCAGCCUGCAUGAGGCACCAGCAGCCUACAUGGAGGCACCAGCAGCCUACAUGGAGGCACCAGCAGCCUACAUGGAGGCACCAGCAGCCUACAUGGAGGCACCAGCAGCCUACACGAAGCAAUGAUGACCUGAGCCUGGCAGGCAACCUCGGUAAAAGAUCUGAAGGUGGUCUAUAGCAUGUAUAACCCCCUCCCCCCCACAUAUACUAGUCCCUACACGUUUAGAUAUACAAUAGGCUAGUGAAGUGUAAUGUAAAUAACGUUCAAUCAGAUUUUACGAUUUGUAAAAAAAAGAGUCAAUUUGUUUUUUCAAACUUGCUUUAAUACACAUUUUUUUAUUACUAAUGACUUGGUCUCUCCGAAAACUCCCCCAUUUUUAAGUAACGAAGACACAGAGCAAAGCCAAAGCACUUAGAAAUAGUGACGUCAGUUAAGGAAGUGGGGAGUGUACACCUCUCCCCAUCUCUCCAAACACCCUCUUACACCCCCGUCUUCAUGAUGUGUGUGGGUACACUUAUUCCCCAAACAUCCAGCCCCAACCCCACACACACACAUACACCCACACACCCACCCCACAUAGUCUUCCUCACCCAGGUACAAACACUCCCAACUCACAUACAACUCCCAACACCAUCCAUGUACAACCGAACACUGCCCAUACGCACCCAAUUCCGCCCCUAUAUACACCCAAUCCCGCCCCUAUAUACACCCAAUCCCGCCCCUAUAUACACCCAAUCCCGCCCCA